AUGUGUUUUGUAUAUUUUAUUUGCGUAGUGGCGGUCUCUAGUCACUCUAGUCAGCUUCGAAAAGAAGUGGAGAAACAUGAUAACGACGAGGAUGAUGACGAUGAUCUCUUGCUUCCAAAGAAAAAGACUAAUGAGGAGAAGGCGAGCGCUAAAGAAGAUGAAGAUUUUUACUCGUGGCUGAAGGACCGUGAAAACGAUGAGAUUGGAGAGGGAGAUGAUCUCAAGGGCCUUAAAGAAGCAUGGAGAGAUCCAAAUAUCGAUGAAAACGAGAGAUUCUUGCGGGAUUACCUAGUCAACAAGGAUUUUAUUCCUGAAAUUGAAGAGCACGGCGUGACUCUCGACGAUUUGCGCGAGGUUGAAGAGGACGAAAAAGAUCUAGAUAGGCAACGUGACUUUGAACAGAAGUAUAAUUUUCGUUUUGAGGAUCCAGAUCAGGAGUUCAUCAAGCAGUACCCAAGAACAAUUGGCGAAUCCAUAAGGAAGACGAAUUCCAAGAGAAAGGAGAAGAGGGAAGAAUAUAAAGAAAGAAAAGAGAGGGAGAAACAAGAGCGAAGACAGGAAAUCAAAGAGCUAAAGAAGAUGAAGAAAGCAGAAAUAGAAAAGAAGUUAGAGAAGCUCAAGAAAAUGGCCGGAGAUGAUAUUCCAAUCAGCAUCGAUGACAUAGAA